AUGAAUGGACAAUUUCUCAGACUUUCUUCGAUAAUUCUUUUUGUGUUUAUUGUAACAAUAACGACGGCGACGACAACCACAACUUUUUGCACAUCUAUUUCCACUCCCACUCCCGUUCUCACUUGUCCUGAUUGUCGAGAUCCCCAUCAAAAUUGUGGGGCUGGUAAUGGUCAUCAAGAUAGCAAACACUGUAUAGUAACCAAGAAGUGUACGCUUACAGCAACUGAUCGCGAAAAACCAUGUUGUUCAGCUCCCGGUGCUCCAGGAUGGAACGGCAAGGCUUCUGAGGAGCUAGAGUUUAAAGGCGUUGGUGGGAAUACCGCCCAAGAUUGCUGUAAUGCAUGUAUUGCUGAUCUUGAAUGGUUCUUUGGUGGCUCCGAAUGUUUUCAUGCCAGUACUACGGAUGUCUCUGCUUGUAACAACGCGAUGGUGUCUGGCCUUGUUGCUGGAAUUAUUCGCUGUCCUGGUGGUCCUCGGUGUAUCGGUUUGGCAUAA